UUCAGCUCCACAGUGUUAUUCUGAGACCUUUUUCAUUCAUUUGGAUUGACCGUGUGAGCCAGACCUUGCGUAGAUGUGUGUUGUGAAUUUGCCUGCCGGGACACACUGAGGACUCAGAUUGCUUCAUUCAAACCAAACCGGCGACAGGAAAGAAAGAAGAAUAUUAACACAGCCACGGAGGAGACGCUCAGAGUGGCAUGUGCUGUUCUGCAGUGUAGUUACAUUUUAACCUGUAGCCAUCACAAGUUAACUGCCGUCCUCAUAAGGGACCGAGGAGCCGAAGGAUCCAGACAGAAGAGGCAUCAGGUUUGUUUAUGUUCUGUGACAGCUGCCCGGCGUGAAGAUGAACUCCUCAGGUGACUCUGAGCCAGAGGAAACCAGCCCACCUUCAGGAAGUACCAAGAUCCUUGCAUUGACUGUGUGCUCUGCAGCCAUUGGAGGCACCUUCCAGUACGGCUACAACAUCUCCAUCAUCAACUCUCCCACGAGCUACAUCCAGAGCUUCAUCAAUGAGACCUACAUGGAGCGUUGGGGCAAAAGCUUGGACAGCCCUCAAGUGACCCUGGUGUGGACUUUGAUUGUGUCAUUCUUCUCUCUGGGAGGUUUGGUAGGCGCGCUGCUCGCGGGGCCCUUGGCUGUCCACUUUGGAAGGAAGAAGUCCCUGCUCCUGAACAAUGUCUUCCUGUUUGCUGGCACCGUGCUUGUGCUGACGUGCAGGGCGGCCAAGUCAUUUGAGAUGGUCAUCAUCGCCCGAUUCCUGGUGGGGAUGAACUCGGGUGUGAGCAUGAACAUCCAGCCUAUGUAUUUUGGGGAGAGCGCCCCGAAACACCUCAGGGGCGCUGUGGCGUUCUCCUCAGCUGUUUUCACUGCAUUUGGGAUUUUCUUGGGUCAGGUUGUGGGACUCACUGAGCUGCUGGGUUCUCAGCCUCUUUGGCCCUACUUGCUUGCUAGUAACGCUUUGCCGGGGUUGAUCCAGCUGCUCACCCUACCCUGGUUUCCGGAAAGCCCCAGAUACCUACUGAUUGACCGGGGAGACAGAGAAGCGUGCCUCCAGGCUCUUGGGAGACUCCGUGGCGGGGAGCCUCCGGUCCUGGAGAUCGAGGAGCUGCUUCAGGAGCAGGAGCAGCAGCAGCAACAAUCAACAUCUUCAAAGUCUGGAUCUGCAGUUGCCAAAUCACCCUGGACCCUGUUUAAGGAUCCUGACCUGCGAUCCCAGCUCCGGACAGUCAUGGGCGCCAGUAGUGCCAUGAUGCUCUGUGGAAAUGACUCAAUCUACUUCUAUGCUUACUACAUCUUUCUCGCAGCAGGGAUCCCUCCAGAGAAGAUCCAGUAUAUCACCAUCGGCACAGGCGCAUCUGAGCUAAUUGCUUCUAUACUGAGUAACCUUCUGAUUGAACGUGUGGGUCGCAGGUACCUUCUUGUUGGAGGCUACAGUCUCAUGUCCUGCUGGUCUGUAGUCUUCACCGUCACUCUCAUCCUCCAGAGCCAUGGAGUGGCGGGGAUGGCCUACCUCAGCAUGGUGUGCGUGUUUGCCUACAUCCUCAGCUUUGGCUUGGGCCCUGCAGGGGUGACGGGGAUCCUGCCCGCUGAGAUCUUUGACCAGGCAUCUCGCCCGGCAGCGUACAUGGUCGCCGGCUCAUUCAUGUGGAUCAGUCUGUUCUUGGUGGGAAUGCUGUUCCCCUUCAUCGUCAAAAACCUGGGGAGCUACUGCUUCCUGCCUUUCCUGGUCGUGUGCUUGGUGUCCGCUGUGUUUUUGGGGCUCACCUUACCAGAGACGAAAGGCAAGACGCUGGCGGAGAUCACUGCAGAUUUUCAGGGAAUGAACAAGUCGACGAAAGAGAAGUCAAAGGGGCAGGUGGAGAAGCCCAUUGAGACUCACUACAAGCUGGGUGCAGCCUGCUCCUUCACCAACCUCAUGCAAGAUCCUGAGCCCGACCAUAAGAAUGGAGACAUAAAUUUGAAUGUUCCGGUAGAAAUUGAAAUGAAUCAGACCGUGCCUUUUGUAGCCACUUGAUGCACUUGAUAGGUUUGGUGUCAUUAGGUACAUCCUAUUGCAAAUACACAAAUGCUACACAACACAACCAAAUAUACAAACAUGUGACUAACCCCCAACACAACCAAAUAUACAAACAUGUGGCUAACACACAAUACAACCAAAUCUACAAACAUGUGGCUAACA